CAGACUUUCUACUGUUUGUCUAUUGACAAUCUGUAGAAAGUCUGACACUGUUUUAUGAAAGUAUUGCCAGCUGAAGAAAGUCUUGUGAAACUAAAGAAACAAGCUUGUAGCUCUAACAGCAUAUUGAAUAACUUUAAAUAUGUUGUACCAUAUAUUUUUGUACAAUGAGUUUAAAAAUCUCAAACGGAAAAAAAGUAUUAUUUUGGUAAAUAACAGCAACAACAACAAACAAAAAAAUGAAGAAUACAAAACUUGUAAUAUCAAUUGUUUUUUUCAAUCACCUUUUUGUUGCUUGGUUAUUUGAACUCAACGAAAGCAGCAAGAAUAUAUUUCAGUUCACACAUGUUAUCUCGAUGUUGCACAAUGACAUUACUGCUAACAAAACAAAUCUACAAAAUUUGUAUGACAAAGUCGAAGAACUUUUAGCAAACAUGAUAAACAUAAAACAGGAAACAAGCAACAAAAAUCGAAAUAAAAGACCUUCUCAACUUAAUCAGGGCAUUUCAAAGCAAAUGUGUUCUGAAAUAAAAAACAUCAUAACAAAUGGUAACAAUACUUACGAGGUUGUAAUGAAGUUUAAUUCAAACAAAGUUGACUAUUUUAAAUCUGCAAUGUCUAUUAUAUCAAUGAAUUGCGAAUCAAAGAGUGAUGUAACUUGUGAAACAAUAUAUGAAACGAGAAAAUACGCAAAGUUGAAUAUAACCGGAGGAAUAAUUGAACUUAUAGGAAACGUUAAAGAAUUUAAAGUUGGGAUUUGUUGCAAAUGUUUAAAGGGUUUUUAAUAUACUUUUUAAAAAAGAUAUUUAUUAUUUACGACUCAGUUUGUAUUUCAAUUGUAUUUUUUAUAACUUAAAUAUCGAUUUUUUUCAUUGUACUAGUUAAUUUAUUGAUUGCAUCGGUUGCUAUUUUCAAUAAA